AUGGCUCCUCAAGUAAUUGUGGUCGGUGGUGGACUCUCCGGUCUUAGUGCCGCCCACACCGUUUACCUGAACGGCGGAAACGUCGUUGUUCUCGACAAGCAGGCCUUCUUCGGCGGUAACUCCACCAAGGCCACCUCCGGUAUCAACGGUGCCCUCACUCGCACCCAGACCGACCUCGGCAUCCAAGAUAGCGUCAAGCAGUUCUACGAUGACACCCUCAAGUCCGCCCGUGACAAGGCCCGCCCCGACCUGAUCAAAGUCCUCACCUACAAGUCCGCCGCCGCCGUUGAGUGGCUACAAGAUGUCUUCAACCUCGACCUCACCCUCGUUUCCCGCCUCGGUGGUCACACCCACCCCCGCACACAUCGUGGUCACGAUGCCAAGUUCCCCGGUAUGGCCAUCACCUACGCUCUCAUGGAGCGUCUGGAGACCCUUGCCGACAAGGAGCCCGGCCGCGUUCAAAUCAUUAAGAAGGCCAACGUCACCUCCAUUAACAAGUCCGGAAACAACGUCACCGGUGUGACCUACUCUGUCAACGGCGAGGAAAAAUCUAUUGAUGGUGUUGUCGUCCUUGCUACCGGUGGCUACGCCGCUGACUUCGGCGACACUUCUCUCCUCAAGAAGCACCGUCCCGAUACCUUCGGUUUGUCCUCCACCAACGGCACCCAUGCCACCGGUGACGGCCAAAAGAUGCUCAUGGCCAUCGGCGCCAACGGCAUCGACAUGGACAAGGUCCAAGUCCACCCCACAGGUCUCGUUGACCCCAAGGACCCAACCGCCAAGUUCAAGUUCCUGGCCGCUGAAGCCCUCCGUGGUGAAGGUGGUCUCCUUCUCAACGCAGACGGCAACCGGUUCUCCGACGAGCUCGGCCACCGCGACUACGUCUCAGGCAAGAUGUGGGAAGAGAAAGAAAAGGGCAAAUGGCCCAUCCGCCUCGUUCUCAAUAGCAAAGCAUCCAAGGUCCUCGACUUCCACACACGCCACUACUCCGGUCGCGGCCUGAUGAAGAAGAUGACCGGCGCCGAGCUCGUCGCUGAAAUCGGCUGCGGAGAAGCAGCCAUCAAGAAGACCUUCGACGAGUACAACCUCAUCGCCGAAGGCAAGAAGAAGGACCCCUGGAACAAGCGUUUCUUCCACAACAUGCCUUUCUCCCUGGACGACGAGUUCCACGUCGCUCUCAUGGAGCCCGUUCUCCACUUCACCAUGGGCGGCAUCGAGAUCAACGAGCACGCUCAAGUCCUGAACAGCGAACAGAAGCCCUUCGACGGCCUCUACGCCUGCGGUGAACUCGCAGGCGGUGUCCACGGCGCCAACCGCCUUGGAGGAUCCUCCCUCCUCGGCUGUGUCGUCUACGGCCGUGUGGCCGGUGACUCUGCCUCCCAGCACCUCUUCCAAAAGCUCAUCACUGGUGGCGCGGGCUCAGCUUCUAGCCGUCUUGGCCAGAUCUCCCUCCACAUUGACCCUAACACCCCCGGCAAGAUUGCCGUCGAGUGGGGUUCCGCCGGUGGCUCCCUCCCUGCUCUCGCUACGGCCCCGGCCCCCGCUGCCGAUGCUGCUGGCGCCGCUCCCCAGGAAGCUGCCAAGUCCGACCCUGCAAACUUCAAGAUCCCCGAGACAGAAUACAGUAUGGAAGAAGUUGCUAAGCAUAACACGAAAGAGGAUCUCUGGAUCGUUGUCAAGGGUGUUGUGCUCGAUGUGACGAAUUGGUUGGAUGAGCACCCUGGUGGCGCUAACGCGCUUUAUAACUUCAUGGGUCGUGAUGCCACAGAGGAAUUCGCUAUGUUGCACGACGAUGAAGUCAUUCCUAAGUAUGCGGGCCACAUUGUUAUUGGUCGUGUCAAGGGCCAGACUCCUAGUCUUGAGCUUUAG